AUGGCUAUUGCGUAUCCCAAAGUGGAGGAUCAGCAGUUGCUCAUUGACUUUGCGACGACUCGCCUUAAGUUCACCAGUGAAGAUGUUGAGCUCCUAAAUACUACCUGUACCGCCCUUAUCGAUGAUGCUGAUGCCAUCAGUGGCUUCGUCUUUGGGCCAGCAUCCUCGUCCUCGAAUAAUAUGCAACAAACGCAUUCAAGUUUAAGUGCUACACAAUUUCCCAUUCAUUAUUGCCAUGGUGACAUGUCACGAACUUCUUUGUCUUCGGUGUCCACUUCAACCAUUUGUGGUCCGUUUUCUGAUACACGAGCUCUUUUUCGUUCUCAUGAGGCUUCACUUCGUUCUAUACAGCUCCGACUUCGACGGGGAAGAACUGUGUUGAAUGAUCUUAACGAGAAAUACAAUUACGCCUUCACCGUAGUGACUUUUGGGAGAUCGAAAAAGAGAGGUAGUGUUAAGGGUGAAACUGUCGCUGAGGGAAGAGAGGCUUCUGUGCAAGCGAUAGCACCAAAUAUAAGUUCAAGGGAAGAGCUUCAGGAGAAUGGUGCAUCAGAAACGAAUAGUAUUGAAGGGAAUACUUUGGAUACAAACUGCGUGCAAUCGGCAUAUGCUAAAUUCAUACAAACUUUUGAUUCACUUAUUUUGUGGUUAUCUAACGUUGUUGCUGUUCUGGACGGGGAGGGUUCUGUUCCCUCAUCUGGGAGACACAUUAUACAGGAACAAUCUUUAAAUGAAGGAAAACAAGGAAAAAGUAAUGAAAACGAAACCGUCACAAGAUCUACAGAUAACGCCGAAUCUUUACCUAUAGUUCAAGAUUCUUCUUCUACGCAGCAAGUGUUGCAUGAAGGAGAUGCAAAACCAUCUGAAACUCCUUCAGUUAGUACCAAAGAUUCAUCUACUCCAGCACGAAGAUAUCGUACAGUACGUGUGACAACUUACGAAGUUCAUGACGUUAGUAGUAUAUUUUAUUAUUAUCAGAACCAGUCCAAUCUCUUUUACCUUACUGAGUACACUUUUUAUGAUCCCCGAAUACAACGUCGUCUAUUGCUUCCCUCUUAUUAUCAAUCAUUGCGUGACACAAUUAAUGAGAUAAAUACUGAGAUUGAACGUCUUAAACAACUUGGAGUAACAUUAGCUCGUGAGCGUUCAAACGCUAUUACGAUAGCUUUUCGUCCUCCAAUUUGCGAAUUUUGUUACUUACGGGACUCCCUCCGUUUGUACUGGAGUUGGUGUGUAACUGAGGAUGAUAUUACAUCUUUUCAAUAUCACCGUAUGCAGUACAACAAGUGUGUAUUGGAGGCAGGAGAGGUGAUGGAAAUGCUAAAACAGUUACGUCGCCCACCAGCAAGUAAUGCUGCUAACUCUGCCGUUUGGGUGCCUAUACCAGAAGAACGCUUUGCAGUUGAGGCAGGAUUUGAGAGUUUUUGGCGUCUUCGAGAGCGUGUGUUGGAGUUACGCGAUUCACUCACUGGGGAUAUUGAAAAAAAGAAUCGCACACAUCGAUAUAGAGUACCAGCGCCUUCGCGCAUUGAUGCAAACGUUGACGACACAAAUAAAAGUGGCGCCAUAACACAAUGGGCACUUUCGGCAUUGCGUUCUUGGGUACAGCUUGUCACUUGCACUCCUGAGACUUCGGGGAUUCUAUCUUUAGCAGAGCGAGACAAUGAGGGAUUUCUACUCUCUACAUCUUCCCCCAUGUACAAACCAAAGGCAGAGCUACUGUGCCUUGUACAGCGAUUAACGACGGCUGUCGAGGUACAGGCAACAACCCUUGAGCGGGAGUUCCCAGGCACAUUUUUCAGGGACGCGAAGGCUAUGUGGGCAAAGCGUGCUGGUGGAGUGAUGCGCUAUAUGGAGUCGGUAAGUGUUGUGUUUUCACGUCCUGGAUAA